AUGGCCUCCUCGGAAUCUCAACCGAUCAUUCGGAGACAGUCCACACAGCACUACCAGACCUUCAACACUCCGCCGCCAAAGUCGCGCGGUCGUCCUCCCUCCAACGAUUCAGAAGGUUCGCACAAUUUCGGUAGUCCGCAAGCCAAUGGCGAUGAUGAAGAUGAGAGCACAAUGGGCCAGACUAAGCUGCCCAAGAAACAAAUGGCGGUGCUGGCGAUGAUAGCGCUCGCAGAGCAAACCGCACUGAAUUCAAUAAGUCCUUAUCUUCCCGAUAUGACGUCGCGAUUUCCCGAAGUACACGGUCAAAAUGUUGGCGUCUAUGUUGGUCUGAUCGCAUCUGCUUUUGCACUAGCACAAUUUGUUACGAAUUAUUAUUGGGGUUGGUUAUCAGAUCGUGUGGGUAGGAAACCGGUGAUUCUGCUUGGAACUGCUUGCACUGCUGUCUGCUUUGUGCUCUUUGGGUUCUGUACAACUCUCUGGCAGGCGAUUUUGGUUCAGGUUUUGAUGGGUAUGCUUAAUGGCAAUGCUGGUCUUGUGUCAACUUGUUUGGGUGAGAUCACAGAUCGCAGCAACCAGUCACGAGCGUUUACCUAUCUUCCUGUAUUAUACGGCAUUGGAGGCAUCACUGGUCCUCUUUUGGGUGGGUCUUUGAUCUUCAAGACGAAUCCUUUGAACAAGGGACAGCCUAAUCCAUAUCCAUAUGUUCUUCCGAAUAUUUUAUCGGCAAUCAUCUUGGUCAUUGAUUUUAUUUUUAUCAUGUGCCUUCUUGAGGAGAGCUUGGAGGACGCGGAAAAUCUACCAACGAUAUCCCAUCGAUUCAAAGAAUUGUUUAGCUGGAUGUGGCAAUUCACCACAUCCCAUCGGCCGACUUACUUACGAGUUCGAUCCGGACCUGUCUAUCACCACCCUGUGGCGAGACACAGGCGCUCCUUUAGUGAUCUGACCCAGGACGAAACAGACUUGGAUUCGGCUUCAGAAACGACUGAUACUGAUGAUCAAGUCCUGGAAUUGACUCGCGAAGAGAUAUUCAACCGUGAUACCAUUCUGUUGUUGCUAACAUAUCUCAUCUUUGCGCUAGUCAAUGUGUCUUUCAACUCUCUUUACCCUAUCUUUGCUCAGGCUGCAGAACCCGCUGGUCGAGAUUUAAGUCCUCAAGAAAUUGGUCUUUCGCUUGGAUUCUCUGGUAUCGUGACUAUUGUCUUCCAGAUCUGCGUCUUUGGAAAGUUGCGAGAUAAGAUGGGAAACAAGUGGUCGUAUCGGGCCGGUCUGCUGGGCUUCGUCAUUUCAUUCUUGCUCAUGCCUUUGAUUGGGUACAAGGGCGUAGAUGAGAAUGGUCGUCUAUCUAAAAAGUCGGCAUUGUUGGCUAUUGAGCUUUGCUUUGUGUUACUCAUCAAGACUGCUGCUGCUGUCGGAGGAUUAACGAGUGCACUUUUACUAGUGACGAACUCGGCACCCAACCAUUCUGUCCUGGGCGCUCUCAACGGUCUUGCGCAGACCCUUUCAGCAGCCGGACGUGCAGUAGGCCCCUUUCUAUCCGGUGGCCUUUUCUCCCUCGCACAGAAAUUACCAAAGGGAGAAAUUCUGGCAUUUGGUGUUUUCGCAGCUGUAUCCUUUGUCGGCUUCGUGUUGAGCUUCGGUAUUCGAUCCUCGGCCCUGGAGGCUGCGGGAUGGAGUAGCGAUGAAGAUGACGAUCUGGAUAAGUCGGAUGAUGAGAUCGAGCAUGAUGCAUAA